AUGCACGUGACGCUGGAAGUUAAACACUGGCAUACACCUUCCACUGGUGACGGCUUCUCCAUGGGCAAGAAUGUGACUGCACGGAGGAUGUUUUGGCAGCAGUGGCUGCAGGACCCCAACCUAAAAGUUGAGACCGAAAAUGGAAAUGCUGAUACCAUUUACAAUGCUGUGCCUCUGGCACUGCGGGAGGGCGGGCUAAGCCCCCAAGACUGCGUUGGACUUGCAACGGAUGGCGCAAAAGCCAUGUGUGGCCGCAAUAAUUCUCUCUGGAAGAAAAUGAAGGGUGAAAAUCCUUCGAUAGUGCUUGUGAAGUGUGCAUGCCACUCAUUGGACCUUGUUGCUUCAAAUGCAAUGGAGGCAAUGCCAGGGUGCCUGCAGUUUAUGGUGCAAGAAACGCAUAAUUACUUCGCCCAUAGCAGCUCACGGCAGGCCGCGUACGGAAACCUGUACAGCAACGCAGCUCAGGAACAAACUGAACCUUUGAAGAUUCUUUCACCUUCUGCCACACGGUGGCUAGCAACUGCUGACUGCAUAGAGCGGAUCCUAAGUCAGUAUGAUGUUCUAAAGAUGCAUUUCACGAAUUUGCCCGACAAGGCCUGCAGCGUGCGGCUGCUAAAAGAGAUGUACUAUGACGAGAAGAACCGCGCGUAUCUUCUGUUUCUGGAGCCGCUUCUCACUCACCUCAAAAGUGUGAACGAAAUAUUCCAAGGUGAGGACGUGGACCCACUUGGAAUUUUCGAAGAGCUGCAGUAG